AUGGCCAGCCCCAAGGAUAUCACCGCCCUCCGCAUCCGGAUCAUCACCCACAUGAACAAGGACCACGCCCGCUCCCUUCAACUCUACGCCCGCCACUACAACCACCUCCCCGCCACCGAAGUCCGCAUACCACCCAAACUCACUGAGAUCACACCCAACUACCUCAUUCUCACCACUUCCAGCCCGGAACGUCGGCUGUUGAUCCCGCUCGAGCCACCCCUCCCAGCUAACUUGUCGGGCGCGAGGGAGCGGUUGGUGAGUAUGCACAACACCUGCCUCACCGCCCUGAACCUCUCCGACAUAGUCAUCACCGAGUACCGCCACCCAACGAAAUGGUGGGAGUGGUCAGCGGGCUUCAUGGUGCUGCUCAUUCUAUUGACGUUCCCCUUUCGCUCGCACAUCCACCCAGAUUCGAACUCCCUGAUCAGCAAGAUCUGGUCAGUGGGAGGGCUCGCGCCGUGGCACGCGAAGCUGGCGUAUGUUUUGGCCCCGUUAGUGCUGCCGGCGGUGUGGAUUAUUCAUGUUGGGGAGGUGGUUGGGUGUAUGCUGCCUAGGUUGAGGAAGUAUGGGGUGGAGGCGGGGAGUAGGGUUUGGUGGUGCUGGAUGGGGGAUUGCUUUUUGGAGGGUGGUGGGGCGUGGUUACGAGUUGAUGGGAUGGUCAGGGAGGCGGGGGAGAAGAAAGCGCAGCAGAAGCACUAG